UUUCAUCGUUUUUUCUUUUUCAUUCUGUUGUUCUACACAAUUUGACGACCGAGAGUGUUGACUAAAGCAAUGAGGGUCAAGCCGCUACAAAUCCAUUGGCAUGACAAGCAGCCUAUAUAUUCGGCUCAUUUCGAAUUAGGCCCAAAAGGCAGACUAGCCACAGCAGGAGGUGAUGGAAACGUGCGGCUCUGGCGCGUUGUCAAGGACAAGGAAAAGGAUAGCAUACAUGUUGAGUUUUUAUCAAGUCUGAAUCGUCAUACAGCUGCUGUGAAUGUUGUUCGGUUCUCACCGACAGCCGAAUGCCUUGCAUCUGCAGGAGAUGACGGAAACAUAAUUUUAUGGAGACCAACAGACACUAAAGAUACUGCAAGCAGAUUCGGCGAAUCGGAUGACGAUGAAUACGAGCAUGAAACAUGGCGUGUACAAUCCAUGAUGAGAGGCUCUCUCUCAGAUAUUUAUGAUUUAGCUUGGUCGCCUGAUGGUCGUUACAUUAUCUCGGGAUCAAUUGACAACACUGCUCGGAUAUGGGAUGUCAAGGAUGCCAAAUGCAUCCAUGUCAUUGCGGACCACCAUCACUAUGUGCAAGGAGUUGCUUGGGACCCAUUAGGAGAGUUCGUGGCUACUCAAAGCAGCGAUCGCUCUGUUCAUAUCUAUGCUUUUAAAAUUGAGAAAAAUGGAAAUGUUUCAGUCAACAAUUUAGGAAAGAGUACAAAGUUGGAUCUCGUCAAGCUUCGUUCAAUCCCACAGCCACCGGCUACCACAACAACCGCAUCGCCAGUACCUCGCAAUAAGGACACUGUGAACAAGGUUGAUGCCGCUACAGAUUCAGUUGGCGAGAAGGAUGACACGGCUUCGAGACCUACAAGGUCUAUUCCAAAAACUUUUAAACUUUAUCAUGAUGAGACCUUGACAUCGUUUUUUAGAAGGCUUACAUUCACUCCAGAUGGAUCAAUGCUUUUGACUCCUGCUGGGCUAUACAAAGCCCCGGUUAACAGACCUGCCACCACUAAGGAUGAUGACGCUUCGCCAACGACUCAAGUCCCUGAAUUGGAAACCAAGAAUACUGUUUAUGUAUAUGCGAGGAGAGACCUCAGCAAGGGCCCUGUUGCUCACCUUCCUGGACAAAAAAAACCUUCAGUAGCUAUCAGGUGUAGCCCGGUGCUGUAUGAACUCCGGCAACAGCUUUUGCCUCCAAGCCAAGGGAGUGCUUAUAGCCGACGACCCGCCAAUCUAGUCAACAGUACAACAUCAUCAACACAGGAUAAACAAGGGCUGGCUCUGCCCCCUAGUGUAUUCGGCCUCAGAUAUCGCUCUAUCUAUGCAGUAGCAACGCAAGACACGAUUUUAAUCUACGAUACCCAGCAGACGACCCCUCUUGCUUUCAUUUCGCAUAUUCAUUAUGCAACAUUUACAGACAUGGCGUGGUCUACAGAUGGAUGCGAUUUAAUCUUGACAUCUUCUGAUGGGUUCUGUUCGAUCAUCUCCUUCGAAGAAGGAGAGCUGGGAACCAUAUACACGCCACCCAAGUCCAUGAUGCCCUUCUUAUCAUUAGGUGGAGAUACUCCAUUGACUUUGAAUGAUAUUAACGACACCGCUGCUACCAUUGCAGCCUCUGCUGGAAUGUUACAAAAAUUAAAUGGUUUAUCGCUUGCUGAGCAUAGGGAGCAGAUGGAUCAAAAAGACCAAAAGGACCAGAAGGAACAAAAGGAUCAAAAAGAUCAACAGAAGGCAAAGGCAAAGCAAGAGAAGGUGUUGAACUCAGGAAAGAGAGCAUCUGUGAAGCAGAUGUUUUCAAAGUCACGGAGCGCAACCAGCUCACAGUCAUCGGCUGCACCAUCAAAUCCUCCAACCUUGUCAACAACAGCUGCGACUACCACUACCACACCAUCUACAUCAUGUUCAUUAUCAUCGAUAGCAUCACCACCAAAUUUAGUAGCCAAGACGGCCACCAAGACCGAAAGAGAUGGUGAUUUAAUCAUGACACCUGCCAACGAGCAGCCAGCACCAAAGAAGAGAAGAAUUCAACCCACGUUUAUAAGUCCGCUUCCUGGAUCGGUACCCCCAGCAACAGUAGCCCAGGCUUCCACAACUAUUCCAUUUGAUAGCGCCAACGCCAGCAUCAGCAAUAGCACUAAUAGCAAUGGAAUGGACAAGCCCAAAAAGAGAAUACAACCCAUCUUUGUGAGCGCAUUACCUGGUCACUGAAAGCUUAA